CAACUGAGCUCAUAAGGGAACAUAAGUCUAUGCGUGUACCCAUCGCAACCCCUUCAAAUCAUAACUUCCCACAACCAACUUCUCUCCGGCUGUGCGCCAGACCACGCGCUCAGCUUUGGAGUGCGCCUGCGCCGCGCCUCUGCUGGUGUGGUUGCCUGGAAACCAACCGCGGGUCUGCCUCAGAGUCUCAGCUAAGGAAUGGCCAAAUUCGUGCUGGCUGGUAAAGCAAAUUGUCCAUAUUAUGCUAAAGCAGAACUUUUGGCAGACUAUUUACAAGAGAAUCUUCCUAAUUUUCGGAUACAUAAAAUUACACAACAUCCUGAUGUUUGGGAGGAAUGGCUGAAAAAUGUGUGUGAGAAGAAUAAGUGGAGUCAUAAAAAUUCCCCCAUCAUCUGGAGAGAGCUGCUGGAUCGUGGAGGAAAGGGUUUGCUUUUGGGAGGAUACAAUGAGUUCCUGGAGCAUGCCCAGCUUUACUAUGAUGUCACCUCCAGCAUGACAAGUGAGCUGAUGCUGAUAAUUGCUCAAGAGAACCUAGAGACACAUAUAGAAAAAGAGCUGGAGGAAGAAGCCCUCAAAAGUCUCAUUAACCCCUUGCAGGUCUGGAUCACCAGUGCAUCUGCUCCUGCCUGCUACCACCUAAUUCCCAUUUUGACAAGUGGUGAAGUAUUUGGGAUGGAGACGGAAAUUAGCAUAACGCUGUUUGAUGACAGACAGAUGGAAGAAAAUCUCAAAACAAUAGUGAUGGAGGUUCAGGACCUGGCAGUGCCAGUCCUCCGGAGUGUCUCCAUAUGCACUAAAGUGGAGGAGGCCUUCCGCCAAGCCGACGUGAUCAUCAUUCUUGAUGACAGCACCAACAAGGAGGUGAAUACUUUAGAAGAAGGCAUGCGAAGCAGGGUUCCUCUGUGUAGGCUGUAUGGAUACCUGAUUGAGAAAAAUGCUCAUGAAUCAGUCAGAGUUGUUGUGGGAGGAAAAACCUUUGUAAAUCUUAAAACAGCUUUGCUUAUGAGAUAUGCCCCAAGCAUCAAACGCAACAUUAUCGCUGUGGCAUUGGGGAUAGAAGGCGAAGCUAAAGCUGCUCUGGCCAGAAAAUUGAAAACGACUCCUUCAAGCAUCAAAGAUGUGAUAAUCUGGGGUAAUAUUAGUGGAAAUAAUUAUGUUGAUCUGAGAAAAGCAAAGGUUUAUAGAUGUGAGAGUGCUAUUUGGGGACCUCCUCACUAUUACCGUCCUGUUUUAAACCUGGUUUUUGAUAGUGAGUGGCUAAAAAGAGAAUUUGUGUCAAAUCUUAGAAUGUUGACUGCCACAGGAAAACAAUUUGGAGGUAUUUUAGCUGCACACAGUAUAGCCACUACGUUAAAAUACUGGUACCAUGGUUCACCACCUGGGGAGAUUGUUUCUUUAGGAGUAUUGAGUGAAGGCCAGUUCGGUAUUCCUGAAGGAAUUGUCUUUUCUAUGCCUGUGAAAUUUGAGAAUGGAAGUUGGGAGGUUCUUACAGAUCUUAAAGAUAUUGAAAUAAGUGAACAAUUAAUGACCAGCAUGGCAAAUGAUCUAAUUCAGGAGAAACUCGUUGCUCUUGGUGACGUGAUAUAUUUUCAACUACACACAUCAGGAACUGACUUAGGAAAAAAAAAUAAAACCAUCAUCUCACCCAUCACAGAUGACAACCAAGAAGAUCAAAAGCCCUCAUUUGAACAUAAAGAUAGCAUAUACUCUGAUAUAGUCGAAGAAGAAAAAAGUCUGUCAGAUGGGGAAUUUUUAAAUCUAAUUUCUCAAACCAUCCCUGAAAAGCCAGGCAAUCAAGAACCUAUAAAUGACUCUGAAGGCAAAACAAUGGAGCACUAAAAGAUCAAAUUAGAUCAAAUAUAAAAUUAUUUGAAGUGUAAUAAAUAUGGAAAGACCCAUGAAUAUCUGUGUUUAGGGAAGAAUAAUUUGAAAGAUUUACUUGAAUCUUAGUAUUAUGCUAGGCAAUUAAAUAACAGUGGUAGCCCAAAUAAUCAUUUUGUGUUACUUAUUCUCACUUAUGUUUAAGAUUGCAUUUUCUUAAAAGUAGUUUGGAGUCAAUUGCUGCUUUUUAAGCUACAUUAAAAUACAAUUGUCCUUCAUUGCAUUCUUGCCUGUACAUCCUUCUAAGAGAUCUUGCUUCCAACCACAGUCCUUAUCUAAGCCAUGGGCCUAAGUGGCCACAUUUGCUCAGGUGUCCUUACCACCUUGGCCUCAAUUAAUUGGGCCAGGAUAGACACCCCUUACCCAAAGGGGGCCAGGCAGAUUCUCUCUCUCAAAAAAUCUGAACUGAGACAAAUGGUUGAGUGAGUUGGUCUCUGAGUCAUGUUAAUGGUGGUGCACUAAAAGAGGGCACAAAGUUCUACUUGUGAGGUUUUCAGAACUAGCCAGGUUCACUCCCUUCAUAAUACCUGUCUGCACUGUUUUCCCUUGGAUUUCCCUGUUGUAGGUAUCCUUAAAAUAUAUCUCACUUUUACCUUAGCUUAGAUUGAAUUAGAUACUGUGUCUUGACACCAGAUAUGGCCUGAUUAAACUAAGUUUUGGAAGAAAAGCACAGUAUUUUUACCAUGUAACUGCACGGUUUAAGUAAAAUUACCCAGUCUCAUUAAAGCAGUAGUAGCCAAACCAAUAUGCUCCUAUAUGUUCAAACUAAUAGGACCUUUUACAAAUGCCAAUCAGGAAUUUUUGAAAGCCUAGCAGUCAUGCUAAAAAUUGCUGAUAUCUGUGCUUUCUCUAUAUAUUUAUACAGUUCAUA